AUGGCAUUGAUAUUAGCCAAAAGUUUCAAUUCUCGAUUAAUUUUGGAUUCUUUACGAACACUAUCCGUAUCAAACGUUAAACAGUGUCAUUGGUAUCCUGAUUUUAAACCUGGCCCUUAUCCCAAAACUGAAGCUGAAAGAAAUGCCGCUGCAAGAAAAUACAAUUUACUUCCCGAAGAAUAUCAACCAAUGCCAGAUGAUGGUGAUGCUUUAGGUGAUUAUCCAGAUUUAUCCCAUUACAAAAGAUAUGAAGACAGAGAUCCUUAUCACCAUUGGGAUUUUCCUGAUAUGAGAAGAGAUUUUCUCGAACCAGUUCCAAUGGAAGCUGUAAUACUGCUACCUGAAUUUGCUAAUCCAGAUUCAUACAAUCUCACACCGAAACAAAUAUUCAGUCAUUUAAUUAAAUAUGUUGUAACUUUAGUUACACCCGGAUAG